AUGGAUCUCGAGCAUACCGCCAAACUUGAAACUGCGCGCUCGCUACAAUCAACGCUAGAGAAGACGCGCCUCCACAUUGUCGAAUACCGGGAGCAAUUCGACUCCCAGCAAAGCUCAUCUGAAUCCGAGGUUGCCCAGCUGUUGGAGGGCAGACCAGGAUUGACUGACCCGGCCAUAGUCGCGGUGCACGUCGCUUCGCAAGUGGCGUUCUUGCGGAAACUGAAGAUACAGUAUCUUGAGCAGAAGGCGAAGGAUCAGUACAUCAAGACAAUUGUAAGCGACGACGCGCCGAACAUCAAUGGCGAGGACAACGAGAGGCUCAGAGUAGCGAAUGACGAAAAGAAGAGUGUCCUCAAGUUAGCGAAGAGCCGAUUGGCUGAAAAGCAUGACGAUUUACGUAAAUUGGCACCUCUUGUAGAGCAAGAUUACAACAAGGCCAAAGCGCUCACGAGUGAGGCGUCAACGCUAGCUAGCAAGAUUCUUGAUGCCCGACUACAGUUGACGCGUCUGCGACAAGCCCAUCCUCACCCGCGUCUGACUAUCCAAUCUGCCAACGCCCAGCUUGACUCGCAGGUCAUGGAGAUGCAGAAGCUGGAUGAUGAACUCCAGGGCCUCAACGAGAAAGUGGACGAAAUUAAGGAGAAAGUCAAAGAGGGCGCGCGAGAAGUCGAGCGUUUACGCAUAGAGAGAUCUGAUGUCGAGAAGCUUGCGAAAACAGCGAGAGAGGAGGUCGAGGACAACAGAGUGAUCGGAUUAUAUGACUGGCAAGUUGCCCCGCUGUUUACUGCGUCGCUCGCAUUACAUCGCUCGCUCCAUUCUCUGGAGUCUUAUCGCUCUGCAUCCGAGAAUGAGCUGCAUCUCACCUAUGGUAUCAGGCCAACAUCCCAAAAUAAUCGGGAAACGAGGCGGAUACAGAUCGUGCUCCUCUUCGUGCCUAAUACGCGACAACUGGCCGACGCGCAAGUCGAAGGACUGUCUCAAGAUGUUGGAGAUCUUGUCGGGGCGCACGUUCAGGCGAAUGAUGUCCCUGGUCUCAUAGCUGCGGUGCUAGCGAGGGCGAGGGAAGGGUAUUAG